AAGCUCCACCCCCUCGUCGACGAGUUCAUCCCCACCAUCGACGACGAGAACGACAUCUGCUACACGCACCCGGAGAGGCUCCCCGGACGGGCUUGUCCGACACUUCUUCCACCGUCCAUCCAGGGCGUACACGAUGGGGACGAGGAAACGGCGGAAGGUGCACAACGUUGACGACGGCGGCGAGACGCGGUGGCACAAGACGGGCAAGACCAGGCCGGUGCUGUCCAACGGCAGGCCCCAUGGGUACAAGAAGUUCCUGGUGCUCUACACAAACUACGGUAAGCAGCGCAAGCCCAAGAAGACCAACUGGGUGAUGCACCAGUACCACCUCGGCUCCGACGAGGAGGAGCGCGACGGCGAGCUCGUCGUCUCCAAGGUCUUCUUCCAGACGCAUCCUAGGCAGUGCGGUUACACCAUGGCCAGGGAGUCCGCCGUUGUUGUCCCUGCCGCCGCCGCAGUCACCGGCAGCAGCAACGCGUUUAUUGCCGGCCAUCACCAGAGUGGCGGUGGUGGUAGUAGCGUCCUCAGAGAAGCAAACGGCGGAGCUGAUCAGCUCUACAGCCCAGGAGCAAUGAUGGGGUAUGACCAGGGGGCCUGGUAACAGGGCACCUCCUGCCCCUGCUGUGCCUCCCCACUUCAUGCCUAACUUUGCUGUCCAUGCAGCAAGGGCUAGCUUUGCCCCUUGAACCGAGAAUUCAGGACAAGAUACAAACCUAUCAAAUUUGCCACAUAUAAAUAGGCAUUUAGGAGCAUGUGCAAACUCCCAGGACCUGAACACAAUUCACUACUUGUGCUGGGAUUGUAUAAAAAAUGUCAUGUUCUUGCCCUCUAACUUCACGUUCAUUUACAAGCUCCUCCCUUUUUUCCA